AUGGAAGCUAAGGGUUUUAGGGAUCGCAUUGAUGAUUUUUCUUCACUUGAUACAGUGAUAAUCGGUGUAUCAAAGGACAGCGUUAAGUGCCACGCUAAUUUUAAGGCAAAAUAUUCUUUACCGUUUUAUUUAGUUUCUGAUGAAAAUGCUGAAAUAUUAAAAAAAUAUUACGUAUGGGUAGAAAAAAGCAUGUUCGGUAAAAAGUACAUGGGUAUAGAACGCACUACUUUUCUAAUAGAUAAAAAAGGUAAAAUAGUGAAAAUUUGGCAGAAUGUAAAAUGGAGAGAACUAUUAAUUACAGUAAACGAUAGUGAUGGUUUAAAUGAAGUUAAUGUAAUUGAAAAAAUAAAGGAAAUUUUAAAAGCAGAACAUCAAGAUGUGUAUGAAGAGUGGGAAAACAACCAAUUUGAUGUAAAUUACCUAUUUUAUGUUGUUUAUGAUAAUGACUUACGUUCAGAAAGAGUUGAGAAAUAUACACUGCUGCACUUAGCUACUCGCAAUAAUCUGGAAAAUUUACUAGAUGCUUUAUUAAAAGCAAAAGGAGCUGCUAUAUCUAACAGUGAAAAGAUAAUAGGUAUUUUAUUAAAGUCAGGAAAAAUGAAUGUUAAUGCACAAAGCUGUGGAGGAUAUACUGCUUUGCACAUAGCUAUUUGCUAUCAAAGUUGGAAAGCAAUGGAUGUUCUCUUAAAAGAAAAAGAGAUAAAAUCUAAUACAGAAGAUAAAGAUGGUAGAACUCCUUUACAUAGUGCUAUAUCAGGUAACUGCGAUAGAGCAGUAUUGAAAAAGCUGAUAAAAGCUGGAGCAGGUAUUGAUGCAAAAAAUAACGAUGGCCAAACUCCUUUACAUCUUGCUGCUAAAAAUUGCAAUAUAGAUACAAUAGAAGCUCUAAUAGAUGAAGGAGCUAAUAUUAAUGAAAAAGAUAACAACGGCCAAACUCCUUUACAUCUUGCUAUUUUACAUUGCUUUUGUUACAGUACCGUAAAAACUCUAGUGAAAAAAGGAGCAGAUAUUGAUGCAAAAAAUAACGAUGGCCAAACUCCUCUACACCUUGCUGCGCGAGGUGGCAAGAUAGAUACAGUACUCACUCUAAUAAACAAAGGUGCUAAUAUUAAUAAAAAAGAUAACAAUGGCCAAACACCUUCGCAUCUUGCUGCUAAACAUAACAAAACAUGUACAAUGAAGAUUCUAAUAAACAAAGGGGCUAAUAUUCAUGUAGAAGAUAACAACAGCCACACUCCUUUAUGGCAUGCAAAUGGAAACGUAAAAGGUAUUUUAAUUGCAUCUAAUAAUAAGCAAGAAGAUAAAAAAGUUGUUCUUAAAACUGCAGCAUUGAGUGCUCUCGUAGUAGCAAUGGCAUCUGCAGUUGGUCAUGCUGCAUACGGAAUAUCCAUACCCAAUGUUCAGAUGCAAGAUCCAAUAUUAGAAAAAAAUAGUAAUUCUCCUAGGUACUAUGGAGAGAAUUUUAAAGAAGCCACACAAGAGCACCAACAAAGUUCACAAACCCUAUAA